UAAAUCGACACCGCGGCCCCCACUAUUCAUUCCGCUAUUACCGCCUGCAUCCAGCGCAGCUCCAGGCCUCCACUUGCCAAGCCAUGAAGCUGGUCAUCCUCUUCGCCCUGGUGGCUGUUGCCGCUGCCAGCUACCUUCCCUAUCAUGGCAGCAGCUACUACUACAGGCAGCCCUACUACUACGGCAGCAACUACUACUCCCCCUAUGGACGACCCUACGGAGGUUUGGCCAUCGGCGCUGGCUUCAAUAACAUCGGCUUCGGCUUGGCCCAGGGUGUCGGCGGCUACGGCUACGGCCGUAACUUCGGCCGCCUCGGCGCUCUCGCCUUUGGCGGCGGUUUCAACCGCCUUGGAGGGGGAUACGGGGGCUGCUUCUACGGAAUCUGCCACUAGAUAUCUCGGCAACCGAGAGCGCGUUCUACAAGACUGAAGACAGUGCAGAGCACAGCUGACCAGCAUGCCAGCUUCUACCCACCCCUGCGAUGGGGCUUAUCCAUCCAAAAGUUGUCCAGUCACUAUAUGUUUUAUGUCUUUCGUGUCUUUAAUGUGUGUGUGUGUGGGGGGGGGGGGGGUUGUGCGUGUGGUGUGUGUGCAUGAAGAGUGUGUGCCUCUGAGUGCUGUUGACUGUGCCGUCUAUCAAUACAUCUACAGCAAUCACACGCGCCAAAAAUUGUUUUGUGAAGCACG